AUGCUAGUGAAUUGGGAAGGGAUUAGAGCUUUUUUCCACAGCGUGAAACGUCCUAGAACAUUACUUCCUCACGCGAAGUUUCCUUCAUUUACAGAUGUUCCAGUUAGUAUUAGCCAACAUCUAAGCAAUGCAUACGGCCGGCCUGUUGACAUUCGAGGUAUAGUACUAGACAAGGACGAUUGUAUUACCAUACCGAAUAAACAGAACAUACCUAAUGAGAAUCUCAAGAAACUACGAGAGUUACAAAAUAAAUUCGGAAAGAGCAAUAUUUUAUUGGUUAGCAAUUCAAUAGGCUCAAAAAAGCAGGAUCCGACCGGAAAAGAUGCCGCUUAUUUUGAAGAUCGCUGGGAAAUCCCUGUACUUCGACAUUCGAAAUUAAAGCCACUUUGCGAACAAGAAGUAUGGGAGUAUUUCCAAGAAUUUACACAAGUUCAGAAUCCUUCACAGCUUUUGUUCAUUGGUGACCGACUACUCACGGACAGUACCAUGGCUAAUCGUAUGGGUGCAUGGAGUUUAUGGCUAUGUGUUGGUGUACAAGGAUCAUCAAGUUGGAUGAACAAACUUGAAGGACAUAUUUACCGGACCUUCCAACCGAUGGGUCCAAUCCUACCUCGGACGUACGAGAAAGAUAAUUAA